AUGGAAGAUUUUUCAGAGGGUGGGCUGCAUCUACAAAAAGAAACCCGAUUGUGCACUAUACGAUGCAAAGAUGGCAAAGAACUCGUCAUUCGAGCCGGAGUUCGAGGUGUUUUGGCUGAAGUAAAUGAUCGAUUAGCUGCAAAUCCAGACCUUGUAAGGACUGCACCGGAGAAUCAGGGUUACAUUGCUAUCAUCACUUUCGGCGCUGGAAAAAGAAAACCAGAUGAGUUUGUUAGCGAACUCCCUCCAAAACAAGUUUAUCUCAAGAACUAUGAAUUAGAAAGCGAAUCCUAA